AUGAGCAACGGUAAUGAGACUAUGAGUGUGAAAUAUGAUCGUCCCAUAUUGCUAGCCACUAAAUCCGGCUUCGCAGCCCCUCUACUGAUACCUAGCACUCCGCUCAACACAGAACGUCAACAGACGGACCAACAAUUUGCUCGGGCCCGACUGAGAAAACUGGCUCUACCAUACUCACAUCAACUGCUCGAACAAUUUGUCAUUGGCUCCGACUUUGCUCAAACCACUACAUACCUUAGAGUCACCAUCAUAAGUAUCACCCGAGCCGUCCAAGUCCAAUUCAAGAAGGACCUACCAGCCAACGAACUUGAUGAAACUCUGAAGCAGGUAUACGCGAUGAAAGAUAAAUGCAUCCAUGCAGAAACCCAGCAGCCAUACAUGAAAUCCGUCAAGGUCGGCAAAAACCAGGCACCUGAACCACUCAAUAACGAUUUCACCCAUCAAUUCGUGAUGGAAUUCUCCAGCGCGGCCGAUCGCGACUACAAGUCAGCUAAGGAUCCUUAUCACCAAAGCGUGAUGGGAGUGCUUACACCGCAAAUUGAGAAGGUACAGAUUAUGGAUAUUGUUGAUGGGCAGUAUUAG